AUGUCUACAAUCUGUGAACAUCCGUUUUGUACUCGUUCAAUAUCAGCAACAUGUUCAAAUCAUUGUCAAUUAGAUCUUUGUCAAGAACAUAUAAUUGAGCAUAAAAAUUUGUUUCUGGUUCAAUAUGAAAAAUCUUUUAAUAAUCUUAAUGAAUCAUUGAAUGAAUUGAUUGAUUCAAUUGAAGAAGAGAAAGCAACUGUUGAAAAUAUUUAUCAAAAAGAUGUCUCUAUAAUUAAUGAAAAUCAUAAUAAUAAAUUAAAUGAGUUGGAACAACAAUUUCUAUUCGUUAUUUCAACACAAAAAUUAAUUAAAAAAAAACUUCAACUUUUAACUGAUGUCAAAAAUGGCCAAGCUUGUCUAUAUCAAUAUGAUAUUGAACAAAUUAAAUUAUAUUUAACAAAAAUACAUGAAUAUCAUCAUGAUAAAAUUACAACAGACACUAAUAAAAAUGACACGAAAGCAUCUUCUCCAUUGGAUUCUGACGUCAAUUCAGAUGUUGAUUAUGAUCAUGAAUUAAAUACUAAUACAAAAUAUGAUGAUACUUUACAUCUUCGUGGUCGAUGUCCUUUAAUGCGUCUUGGUAUAUAUGGCUUGACAGAUAAACAUAAAUUACGUUUAUGUUCAUCUAAAACGAAAACGAAAACACCUGAUCUUUUUUUUUUUGAAACAUUUUCAUCGUUAUCAUCAUUCAAUAAGUAA